AUGUCUUUCCUCACCAAGCUCUUCUCCAGCCCCAAAAGACAAAGUACAACAAUUCCGACCACACCCGUCUCCGACGACUGGGAGCUCAUCUCCUCCCUCGAAGCUGUCAGCGAUGUCGGGGAUAACACCCCAAGUUGGUCUUCGACUUGGACUGUGAUUUCCACCCCCAAAUUGCCUCCCACUUCCGUCUCCACCUCAGCUUCCACUGCCACCCCCCGUUCCAAACCCAGCCCCACUACACAAAACCUCACUUCACAGCCAACGCAACCAACCAACCCCAGCACCGCCGCCGCCAGCAUCACCACGAAGGCAGAGCGGGAGGCAGAAGAAAAAGAAGAAACAGAGUCCGAGAAAUGGAUCAAACAUCACCCGCUAAACCAGCGCUACCAGCACAGCAGACUCAACAUCCUAAAGGGAAGACCCCACGGAUUGGGGGUUAAGAUACCUCGUCGACAACCCGCUGUGCCGCCUAGGGUUGAGUUGUUGAAGAGGGGUAUGGUUAAGAAUUUUGUGUGGGGGAGGAUUUGGGGGGCGUAA